GGCCAGUGCCGACACCAUGAAGACUGCUGUGAUUUUGACUACCCUGGUUGGGCUGGCGGUAUCGGCCAAACUUGGGAACCUCCACCACUCCCAUGAGGGGACAGUACGUGUAAACACUCGCACGGGAUCCAUCGUCCACACCGAAUUCGGAGCAAGUGGUUCUCAGAGCCCAGCUGCAGUUACAGGAUCAUAUUCAUUCACCGCUCCUAAUGGGGAGACACACACUGUUGAAUAUGUUGCUGACGAGAAAGGUUUCCGGCCAGUGAUUCGCCGUACGUCUACCUCAUCCUUCUCUUCCCAAUCAAGUGGUGGCUCACAAGCCUUUGGAGCAGGAGCCGGAACAUCUGGCUCGGCUGGUGUUAAAUUUGGGCAGGUAUCAUCCGGCUUUGUGAGCAACACAGCAGCUCAAGCCCCAAGCUCUUUUGAUGCUUCUGACUUCUCUAACGAAGUGUCUAGUGUUGAAAAUGUUGUAUCAAACAAACAGUCCACUAGCUCUUCUUUCUUUGCUGGAUCUACUGGAAAUGCAGCAGGAAUCUCAUCUGGUGCAGGAUUCUCCUCUGGCUCAUCAAGCAGAUUCUCUUCUGGUUCCUCAACUGGUACCGCUGCAGGAAAUGCUGGGGAGAGUGUAGCAGUCAUCUUGGCAGGUCAGGGUCUUCCAGCUGGAGUUACUCGUGGUCAGGCAGCUUUCCAGACUUCAUCAUUGGCUGCCAAUACGGCCUCUGGAAACACAGCAUCUGCAUUUACUUCUGGUUCUUCUGGAUCAUCUGGCUCAAGAUUGACUUCUGGUGUGUCAACAGGAACCUCUGGCUCUAGAUUUACUUCUGGCUCAUCAUCUGGCUCCUCAGCUGGAUCAUCUGGUUCCAGAUUUACCUCUGGUUCAUCAUUUACCUCCGGUGCAUCUUCAGCUGGAUCAUCUGGUUCAAGGUUUACAUCUGGCUCUUCAGCUGGAUCAUCUGGUUCAAGGUUUACAUCUGGCUCUUCAGCUGGAUCAUCUGGUUCAAGGUUUACAUCUGGCUCUUCAGCUGGAUCAUCUGGUUCAAGGUUCACUUCUGGCUCAUCAACCAAGAUCCAAGCAGGAAAGGUUGGUGACAGUGUAGCAGUUAUUCUAGCAGGACAGGGUAUCCCUGCUGGAGUCACUCGUGGCCAGGCAGCCUUCCAGGUUGCAGGAGUUGGUUCUAAUGCUGCCUCUGGAGCUUUUUCUGCAAACAGCGGAUCUAGCCUCACCUCUGGAUCAACCUUUUCUUCUGAUUCCUCUGCAGAAACUAGCUUCUCUGCUGGUUCUGCUGAAACUACAGGAUCUCAGUUCACAUCUUCUGCUGGUACUUCCUCAGGAUCAUCUUCCUCCACUUUCUCUUCUGGAUCCACAUCUGGUGCCACAACUGGAUUCUCAUCUGGAUCUUCCGCUUCCAACUUUGCAGGAAAUAAUGGUGAGAGUGUUUCAGUAAUUUUGUCUGGAAAUGCUGUACCAGCUGGAGUCAUUCGUGGUCAGAUCCAGCUCCCUGCUACCAGCACCUCUGGAAUCAGUUCUGGCUCAACCUUUACAUCUGGUGCAUCCACUGGGUCUAAUUUCAAUGCUGUGUCUACAAGUGGAUUGACAUCGUCAGUUGGUUCCUCUUCUGGCUUCACUUCUGGCUCAUCAUCUGGAUCAUCUGGUUCUGGCUUCACUUCUGGUUCAUCUGCUGGAUCAGCUGGCUCUGACUUCACUUCUGGCUCAUCUGCUGGAUUAUCUGGUUCCAGAUUUACCUCUGGUUCAUCAGCAGGAUCCACAUCUUCAUUUACCUCUGGUACAUCCACCAAGAUUCACGCAGGAAAGGUUGGUGACAGUGUAGCAGUUAUUCUAGCUGGACAGGGUAUCCCUGCUGGAGUCACUCGUGGCCAGGCAGCCUUCCAGGUUGCAGGAGUUGGUUCUAAUGCUGCCUCAGGAGUUUCUUCUGCAAACAGUGGAUCUAGCUUCACCUCUGGAUCAACCUUUUCUUCUGAUUCCUCUGCAGAAACUAGCUUCUCUGCUGGUUCUGCUGAAACUACAGGAUCUCAGUUCACAUCUUCUGCUGGUACUUCCUCAGGAUCAUCUUCCUCCACUUUCUCUUCUGGAUCCACAUCUGGUGCCACAACUGGAUUCUCAUCUGGAUCUGGAUCUUCCAACUUUGCAGGAAAUAAUGGUGAGAGUGUUUCAGUAAUUUUGGCUGGAAAUGCUGUACCAGCUGGAGUCAUUCGUGGUCAGAUCCAGCUCCCUGCUACCAGCACCUCCGGAAUCAGUUCUGGCUCAACCUUUACAUCUGGUGCAUCCAUUGGGUCUAGUUUCAAUGCUGGAUCCACUAGUGGAGUAACAUCAACCGGUUCCUCUGCUGGAUUAUCUGGCUCUGGGUUUACCUCUGGUUCAUCUACUGGAUCAAGCUUCACUUCUGGAUCAUCAGCUGGAUCCUCAGGUUCAAGGUUCACAUCUGGCUCAACAACUGGAUCCAAUACAUUUACUACUGGCACAUCAACCAAGAUUCAUGCAGGGAAGGUUGGUGAGAGUGUGGCAGUGAUUUUGGCUGGCCAGGGUCUUCCUGCAGGAGUUACUCGUGGCCAAGCAGCUUUCCAGACAUCAUCACUUGCUGCUAAUGCUGCUUCAGGAAGCACCUCUGGUAAUGCUGGCUCAAGAUUCACUUUUGGAACAACUUCUACAUCCGAUUCAUCUGCUGAAACUGGUUUCUCUUCAGGGUCAACAAGUACCACUGGAUCUAAAUUCACAUCAGCUUCUAUUGGAUCAUCAACUGGUUCAACAUCAUCUUCAGGAUCUACCACUGGAUCUUCUGGAUUUACUACUGGCUCCUCAGCUGGUUCCUCUGGUUCCCGCUUUACCUCUGUUUCAUCCACUGGAUCCAAAACAUCAUCUAUUUCUGGCACAUCGACCAAGGCCGUCAGUGGAAAUGCUGGUGAGAGUGUGGCAGUGAUUUUGGCUGGACAGGGUAUCCCAUCCGGAGUCACUCGUGGUCAGGCAGCUUUCCAGAUUGCUGGAGUAAAUACUGCCUCAGGAGUCUCUUCUGGAAAUGCUAUUAAAUCUAGUUUCAUUGCUGGGUCCACUGGUACCACAUCUACUGGAUCAUCUGCUGGAUUAACAUCAACUGUUACUUCAAAUGCUGGAUCAUCUGCUUCUAGAUUCACUUCUGGCUCUUCAUUCUCCUCUGGUUCUGGCUCUGGCACUUCUCGAUUGUCUGCGUCAACUUCGGGAGCCGGACAAGGAUCCUCCUCUACCUCUGGAUUUAAGUUUGGCUCAUCAAGCAAAUUCUCUUCUGGUUCCUCAACUGGUAUUACUGCAGGAAAUGCUGGGGAGAGUGUAGCAGUCAUCUUGGCUGGUCAGGGUCUUCCAGCUGGAGUUACUCGUGGUCAGGCAGCUUUCCAGACUUCAUCAUUGGCUGCCAAUACGGCCUCUGGUGUGUCAGCAGGAACCUCUGGUUCUAGAUUUACUUCUGGCUCAUCAUCUGGAUCAAGGUUCACAUCUGGCUCUUCAGCUGGAUCAUCUGGUUCCAGUUUUACCUCUGGUUCAUCAACUGGAUCCACAUCUUCAUUUAACUCUGGAACAUCUUCAGCUGGAUCAUCUGGAUCAAGGUUCACAUCUGGCUCUUCAGCUGGAUCAUCUGGUUCCAGUUUUACCUCUGGUUCAUCAACUGGAUCCACAUCUUCAUUUAACUCUGGAACAUCUUCAGCUGGAUCAUCUGGAUCAAGGUUCACAUCUGGCUCUUCAGCUGGAUCAUCUGGUUCCAGUUUUACCUCUGGUUCAUCAACUGGAUCCACAUCUUCAUUUAACUCUGGUACAUCUUCAGCUGGAUCAUCUGGUUCAAGGUUCACUUCUGGCUCAUCAACCAAGAUCCAAGCAGGAAAGGUUGGUGACAGUGUAGCAGUUAUUCUAGCUGGACAGGGUAUCCCUGCUGGAGUCACUCGUGGCCAGGCAGCCUUCCAGGUUGCAGGAGUUGGUUCUAAUGCUGCCUCUGGAGCUUUUUCUGCAAACAGCGGAUCUAGCCUCACCUCUGGAUCAACCUUUUCUUCUGAUUCCUCUGCAGAAACUAGCUUCUCUGCUGGUUCUGCUGAAACUACAGGAUCUCAGUUCACAUCUUCUGCUGGUACUUCCUCAGGAUCAUCUUCCUCCACUUUCUCUUCUGGAUCCACAUCUGGUGCCACAACUGGAUUCUCAUCUGGAUCUUCCGCUUCCAACUUUGCAGGAAAUAAUGGUGAAAGUGUUUCAGUAAUUUUGGCUGGAAAUGCUGUACCAGCUGGAGUCAUUCGUGGUCAGAUCCAGCUCCCUGCUACCAGCACCUCCGGAAUCAGUUCUGGCUCAACCUUUACAUCUGGUGCAUCCAUUGGGUCUAGUUUCAAUGCUGGUUCCACUAGUGGAGUAACAUCAACCGGUUCCUCUGCUGGAUUAUCUGGCUCUGGGUUUACCUCUGGUUCAUCAUCUGGAUCAUCUGGUUCUAGGUUUACCUCUGGGUUAUCAUCUGGAUCAUCUGGUUCUAGGUUUACCUCUGGUUCAUCAUCUGGAUCAUCUGGUUCUAGGUUCACUUCUGGCACAUCAGCUGGAUCCACCACAUUUACAUCUGGUACAUCAACAAAGACCGUUGGAGGAAAUGCUGGUGAGAAUGUGGCAGUGAUUCUAGCUGGACAGGGUAUCCCAUCUGGAGUUACUCGUGGUCAAGCAGCUUUUCAGGUUGCUGGAGUAAAUGCUGCUUCUGGAGUCUCUUCAGGAAAUGCUGUUAAAUCUAGCUUUCUUGCUGGGUCCACUGGUACCUCAGGAUCUAAAUUCACAUCUACCGGAUCAUCAGCUGGCCUAACAUCUGCUGUUACUUCCUCUACUGGAUCAUCUGGUUCAAGAUACACUUCUGGCACAUCUACUGGAUCCACCACAUUUACAUCUGGCACCGUUGGAGGAAAUGCUGGGGAUAGUGUAGCAGUAAUUCUAGCUGGUCAGGGCCUUCCUGCAGGAGUUUCUCGUGGACAAGCAGCUUUCCAAAUCUCAUCAGCUUCACUCACAGGUAACUCAGGAAGUAAGGUUGGUGUCUUUUCCCAAAACACAGGUUCCUCUUCUAGAUUCACAUCUGGCACUGGAUCUGCAGGUAUUAGGUCAUCAACAGGAGCUAGUGGUGUGAGAUCAAGCUCAGUUAACAGUGGCAGACUUACCACCAAAGUGUCUUCUAGUUCAGUAAAAACAACUGGAGGUUCAUUUGUGACAGGCAAUAGUAGAGGCAGUUCUCUAAGAACAUCCACUAGUGGGCGCAACCCUAUUCCUGAUGUAAAGAAUGUUGCUGUGCUUCUUGCUAAACCUGGUCAACUUUAAGUUGAAGCUCUAAAAAUAUCAACACAGGAGCAAAUGCAAGCUGACAGUAGACUCUUGUGUAUUGAGAUGAUAUUGUUUCAAGAUGGACAAGUACAAAUUGCUGACAUAUCCUUAUGGGAAAGUGUAUAUUUUAAAUGUUCCUGUUUUUUUGUUAUUUUCUAGCUCUGUUACUAAUGAAAUAGUUGUAUACAAAGAUAAGUGCUCAUUGAUAAGUGUAUAUGCGCUGUUGUUAUGUAAAUAAAUACAAGAAAUUGAA